AGCAGCAUGGCGAACCGGGGAAGAGCCCAGACUUUUUCUUACUUAUCAAUGGGGACAAAAGCAACAUGCCCUGGAGUUCUACGGUUAUUAUUUAUUGCACUCUUUCACGUAGUACAGGCUAACAAACAAGCAUUCAUCCAGUCAGACACAAUUUUAGAGGUACUUCAUUUUGGUGAAGGAAGUCUCUUGCAGACAGAGUCUGACAUUGGUCUUAGUUCAUAUCAUCAAAAAAGUGCAUCCUUGCACCGGGGGAAUUGCAGACCCAUUCGGUUUGAGCCACCGAUGCUCGACUUCCAUGAACAGCCCGUGGGGAUGCCCAAAAUGGAGAAAGUUUAUUUACACAAUCCCAGUUCAGAAGAAACUAUCAUUUUAAUAUCAAUAUCAGCAACAACUGCUCAUUUUCAUGCAGCCUUUUUUCAGAAUAGUAUAAUUCCACCAGGGGGAAACACAUCGUUUGACUUGGUGUUUCUAGCGCGGGUAGUAGGGAAUGUAGAAAAUACUCUAUUUAUUAAUACGUCACAUCAUGGAGUGUUCACAUACCAGGUGUUUGGUGUGGGCAUCCCCAACCCCUACAGACUGAGGCCCUUCAUUGGAGCCAGAAUCCCAGUAAACAGCAGCUUUUCGCCGCUGAUAAACAUCCACAACCCGCACAGCGAAUCACUGCAGGUUGUUGAGAUGUACUCCAGUGGGGGCGACCUGCAUUUGGAGCUGCCCACGGGCCAGCAAGCAGGCACCCGAAAAUUAUGGGAGAUCCCCCCGUUUGAGACGAAGGGGGUGAUGAGGGCCAGCUUCUCCUCGCGAGACGCAGACAACCACACAGCUUUCCUGAGGAUCAAAACCAACGCCUCCAGCGAGGACGAGUUCAUCAUCCUCCCUGUGGAGGUGGAGGUCACCACAACCCCUGGUAUAUACUCCUCCACAGAGAUGUUAGACUUUGGUAUGCUGCGAUCACAAGAUCGACCAAAACAGCUGAACUUGCAUCUUCUCAAUUCAGGAACAAAAGAUGUACCAAUUACAAGUGUCCGGUCAACGCCGGCAAAUGAAGCGAUUAAAAUAGACUUCAAUCCGGUCACACUAAAAGCAGGAGAGAAUAAUUAUACCAAAGUUGCAAGCAUAAGUUUUGAUGCAUCAAAAGCGCGAAGACCAUCCCAGUUUUCUGGUAAAAUAACAGUGAAAGCAAAAGAGAAGAGCUACUCCAAACUUGAAAUUCCAUACCAAGCAGAAGUUUUAGAAGGGUACCUGGGGUACGACCACACGGCCACCCUGUUCCACAUAAGAGACAGCCCCACAGACCCUGUGGAGAGACCCAUCUUUCUCACCAACGCCUUCAGCUUCUCCAUCCUCAUCCACAACGUCUUCCUGCCAGAGGAGGCCAAAACCAUGUUCGAUGUUCAUAACUUCAGCAAACCCAUCCUCAUCCCUCCCCACGAGUCAUGCUACAUCUUCUCCCUGCACUUCCGGCCCGUCCGACCCUCUAUCCACAUCGACAGCAACAUCCUGCUCGUCACCAAUGCCUCCAAGUUCCACCUCCCCAUCCGAGCUUACACUGGCUUCCUGGAGCCUUUCAUUCUGCCUCCCAGUCGGGAUGAGCGCUUCCUGGACUUCAGCGUGCUCAGCGCCACUGACUCCAGCAGCAACGUGUUCGUGGUCAUCAACAGUAACCCUAUAGAGCUGGAGAUCAAGUCCUGGCUGGUCACUGGAGACAGCCUGUCUAUGGAGCUGCUCCGGUACGAACAGGGGAACAAGACAACCGUGCUGUCCAGGAUGAAGGAGCUGCAGAACGCAUCUGCCUCUGACCAGAAGAACGUAAUAUUAGCGUCGGGCUACUACGCUGUGUUUAGGGUCACGCUGGUGGCUAAGGACCUGGAGGGCGUGUACGAUGGAGCCGUGCACAUCACAACAGACUACGAGAUAUUAACAAUACCAGUGAAAGCUGUCAUAGCGGUGGGCACAUUGGUCAGCUCACCGAAGCACAUCGCUCUUCCCCCGUCGUUUCCGGGGAAGACUGUGCACCAGGGCUUCAGCAUAAUGAGCUCCUUCUCCCAGAAGGUGAAGCUGCAGCACAUCCGCUCCCUCACCGAGGACGUGCGCUUCUACCACAGGAGGCUCAGGAACAAUAAGGACGAGCUGGAGCCGCGGCGCAAGUCAAAGGUUGCAAAUAUUUAUUUUGAUGCCAGUCUGCAGUGUGGGGAUCACUGCUAUGUUGGCCUGCCAUUUAUAUUGAAAUCCGAGUCUAAACCACACGGGCUGCUGAUGCAGGAGGAUAUGUGGGAUGCAGAUGUAGACCUGCACCAAACGCUUCUCAAAAGGUGGAGAGAACUGAAGGAAAACUCAGGGCAUGAGGUGGAAGCUGUGUUUGAGGUGAACACGGAUCUGCAGAAAAACGUGCAAGCCAAACUCACGGCCCACUUGACGUGGCCUUCCAUCAUCAACUCCUCCCGUCACAUCCAGUUUCCCCUGACCAACACCAACAGCUCCUCAGAAGAGGAAGUGGUCUUAGAAAACCCAGCAGAUGUUCCAGUGUACGUCCAGCUCCUCCCUUUAGCUCUAUUCCCGAAUCCAUCUGUCUUCAUAGAGAAAGUGGCCGACAGGCUGUCAUUAGGAAAAUUCUCCACCAUCAGCACCAACACACUGGAGUUCCAAGUUCACAGAAACCAAACAUCUAAGAGGGGCGUGGGGUUUGUCGAAGGACCAACGCGGCCCUUUGUUCAUAAUAUGCUGCUGUUGCCCGGAGAGACAAAGUCCUUAAGUAUGAAGUUCACUCCUGUCAGUAACCACACUGUGGCGUCCCUCUUCAUUGUCAGGAAUAACCUGACAGUGUUGGACUACUUAGUUGUCCACGGCCAGGGCACCACAGAAAGCCUAAAAAUUGCUGGGAAGCCUCCUGGUCCCGGGAGCUCCCUGAGGUUCAAGAUGACGGAGUCCCUAUUGAAGGACUGCUCAGAGAGUAAAUCAAAGGAGCCAAACUUCACUCUCAGAAGGACAUUUAAGGUUGAAAACACGGGACAGCUUACAAUUUACAUCCGAUCCACCGAAAUCAGUGGAUAUGCCUGCGAGGGAUAUGGAUUCAAAGUUGUCAACUGUCAAGAAUUUGCACUUAAACCAAAUGCUUCAAAAGAUAUCGUCAUACUGUUUACGCCCGAUUUCACUGCCUCCCGAGUCAUCCGGGAGCUGAAGCUGGUGACAGAGGGGGGCUCGGAGUUUGUCUUCGUCCUGAACGCCUCGUUGCCCUACCACAUGCUGGCGGUGUGCGCUGAAGCCCUGCCCAGGCCCAGCUGGGAGCUGGAGCUCUACAUCAUCAUCUCCCUCAUCAUGAGCUCCAUGUUCCUGUUAGUGAUUGCCACAGCCUACCUGGAAGCACAGGGAAUAUGGGAACCGUUUAAGAGACGCUUGUCUUUUGAAGCAUCCAACACUCCCAUGGAGACAGGGAGACCCUUUGAUCUCAGGGAAAUUGUACGCAUUCAAUCCGACACAAACUUGAAUGAUUAUGGCGACGCAAACCACAACUCGACGCGGGGAAUGUACGCCUCGGGCAGCUCCUCCUCCCGGACCGGCAGCAGGCAGUGUGGCCCACAGUCCCACACACACAGCAGUAGCCUGGACGGCUUGCGGUCCAGGACCAGCUACAGUAGCAGGGCAUCUAUGCAAGCAAUGGCCUCCUCACAGCUAGGAGCCAAAGGGGGCGGUGGCAUCACAGACGGGGGCGCGGCCCAGUUCCAGCUGACCAACCGGAAGGCACGGAACACCAAGCAGCAACAACAGCAGCAGCAGCAGCAGCAGGCCUCUAGCCUCCUGGAGCAGCAGUCCCCGACACCAACAGUACCUCAGCCAUCUCAGAGAAACCACCCUGAGAGCAGCGCCCGCCAUAGCUCCGAGGACUCGGACUACACCAGUCUCGUGGAGGCCAUGGACAGGGACCUGGACCGACCGGAGUCGCCUGCGCCAGAGGUGUUCCAGGAGCAGCCCCCAUCCCCUGCUGCACAGAGCAAAGCCACAGUGAAAGGGAAGGUCCAGCGGAAGUCCAAGGCCCAGAAAAAGCGGGAGGAGAAGGAGCGCAGGACAAAGGGAAAGCCUCAGGGGGACGAGCUGAAGGACGCGCCCAUCGACAACGACGACAGCUCCUCCACCACCACCGAGACCUCCAACCCAGACAUGGAGGCCAGCAUCAAAGAGGAACCAGUAAAGAAAAAAGGCAGACCGUUCACACCAGAAAAGGAGAAAGAAGAAACGCCAGCAUUCCCCACAAAGCCCAAAAACAAGAAACUAGGCCCCGCGAAGAAGGAGAGCCAAGCCGAUGCCAAGGCCAGUUCCCUGGAGCUGCCGUAUGUGACACCCCUGGAAAACAAACAGCGCAAAAACUUCACAUCCAAAACCCUGAUGCAUCCAACUCUAACAAGUGGCCCCAAAACAAGGAAUUUACAGAAGCAGAGAGCUCCCUGUGUAAAGUCAGAGGACUGUCGCCCCGCUCCCCUGGUGAAGUUCCUGUCUAACGGGUCGGUGCAGGAGCUGGGCAACAGCAGCAGCUCAGAGGGCGAGAAGGACUCCCCUCCGCCAGAGUGGGACUCUGUACCCCUCCACAAAGACGGCAGCCCUGCAGACAGCCUCCAGCAGAUCUCCAUGCAGACCAUGAAUGCAGACCCCUUCCUGAAGAGACCCAUCUCAGCCAUCUCCAGGACCUGCUCCCCUCCCCCCACCCCACUCAGCCUGGUACACCGUGGGACUUACAGCAGUGUGGUUAACGCCAGCAGUGAGACAGGUUCAAAGAGUGCGACCGGUAACAAGAACAAGUUGACCAAGUCGACCUCACUGCCCGGGAAGAAUGGGAACCCUACUUUUGCGGCAGUGGCAGCCGGCUACGACAAAAGUCCAGGUGGCAGUGGACCAGCGAAGGGGGCCGUCAGCAAGGCCGAGGCUCUGGGCAAGGCGACCAUCCCUCACAUGACGUCUGUGGAGAGCGACAGCUCUGACAGUCCUGGAUUAUGGAGCCCUAUUGAAAGCAGCAACAGCCCCAACUUCAAUUCCGUCAAUGCCUUCUCAGCAUUUGGACCCAACACUUUCAACCUGUCUGGAGUCUUUAGUGAUAUGACCUUCCCAAAGAGUCAGGAGGCCCAGCAGAGCUGGCGUGAGUUCAGCCCUUUGCCGUCCUCCUUCUGGGAUGCUCCCGCCAGCGACCCCCUGCACUCCUGGCCCAGCAGCUCCGGUUCCCCGACAGCCCCCACUGCAUCUAUUUUAGGCAAUACCAGUGGCCUCUGGUCCUCCACCACUCCCUUCAGCAGCUCCAUCUGGUCCACCAGCGGUGACAAUGGCCUGCACUCCUUCACUCCGCCCACCACCACCCCUCUCGACCUGAUUGGCAGCUCCGACAGCCCAGCCCAGCCGGCGGCCCCAGCCCCCACGGACAUGGGCCGCACCUACAACCCCUGGAGCAUGUGGCGCCCCACGCUGAGCAGGAGGAGCUCUGAACCCUGGCCCAACCCCCCUGACAAUGGCAACUGAGGAGCCACACCCCCAGCUUCUCCUCCCACCCCGAACAAGAAUCGUACGCCAUGGGCGUUAUGUUUUUGUUUCAUUUGUAAAGCAUAAUUUGUACACACAGACAAAUGCUUCUAUUAAUGCUUCUUAUAAGGAAACGGUGGGCCAAAAACGGCAUACGGUAGCCCCACAGCACACCCCAGAAAACCUCUGCUGUUGCUCUCCACUGGACCACAGAAAAGGGUUUACUGCUGCUUUUAAUACUCAGAAACACAAGCCUUAUUUAAACCAGAUUUUAUCAGCAGCAACCCCCUAUUCAAAAAAGGAAAAUUCAUAAGGAAUAUUAUUGCCCUCAUAGGGAUGUUUUUUGUGAUUUUUAAGUUCCCCCUUUUAUGUAAUACUGUAUUAUUUUGGUAUUGUAAAGUACAGUAUUACUCUCUUUAAACAAGCACUUUGUGUAAAGCUCACCAGUUGCUCAGAGAGAGAGAGAGAUUACCUUGGUUUUAAGGGUUGCAAUAAUAUUAAAGCAUAUUUUGGCUGAAUAGUAAAGCUGUUCAUGGGUUAACUUGAAUUGUGGGUAAAGCGAUUAUCAGGAAAAGUCAUUAUUUUUUGCCAGUCUGUUAGGAGCAUUAUGUGCCCUUACUAGCCUGCAUUUUAACAGUUUGGAACUUGAAACAGUCUUGGCCAAAUCUUGAAAGCGUCAUGUUUUUUGACGCAUUUCUUACAAAGUCGGAUUCUACUCAAAAUUAAAGUUUGUUUUGUUGACCUUGGCUGUUCAUUUUUAUGGGUUUAUUUUUAUGGAGUAUUGCAUUUGAAUUUAAGAAUUGGCACAGUAAAUCCCUUAUUCCUGUCACUUCAAAGUGUUAUUAUGGGUCACCAGAUCAAAAUAAAAACAAG